AAUAAUAAUAAUAAUAAUAAUAAUAAUAAUAAUAAUAAUAAUAAUAAUAAUAAUAACAAUAAUAAUAAUAAUAAUAAUUAUAAUAAUAAUAAUAACAAUAAUAAUAAUAAUAACAAUAAUAAUAAUAAUUACAAUAAUAAUAAUAAUCAUAAUAAUAAUAAUAAUAAUAAUAAUAAUAAUAAUAAUAAUAAUAAUAAUAAUAAUAAUAAUAAUAAUAAUAAUAAUAAUAAUAAUAAUAAUAAUAAUAAUAAUAAUAAUAAUAAUAAUAAUAAUAAUAAUAAUAAUAAUAAUAAUAAUAAUAAUAAUAAUAAUAAUAAUAAUAAUAAUAAUAAUAAUAAUAAUAAUAAUAAUAAUAAUAAUAAUAAUAAUAAUAAUAAUAAUAAUAAUAAUAAUAAUAAUAAUAAUAAUAAUAAUAAUAAUAAUAAUAAUAAUAAUAAUAAUAAUAAUAAUAAUAAUAAUAAUAAUAAUAAUAAUAAUAACUCGACGGACAGACUCGAAUCGGUUAUAACACCGUCGAUCUCCACGUCUCGUAAUAAUAAUAAUAAUAAUAAUAAUAAUAAUAUUAAUAAUAAUAAUAAUAAUAAUAACAAUAAUGAUAAUGAUAACAAUAAUAAUAAUAAUAACAAUAAUAAUAAUAAUAAUAAUAAUAAUAAUAAUAAUAAUAAUAAUAAUAAUAAUAAUAAUAAUAAUAAUAAUAAUAAUAAUAAUAAUAAUAAUAAUAAUAAUAAUAAUAAUAAUAAUAAUAAUCAUAAUAAUAAUAAUAAUAAUAAUAAUAAUAAUAAUAAUAAU